UUCCGGGAGUGGGGCGGUCAGCCGGUGCCUGGCGGAUGGAGGGGCCGAGCGGUUCUUUGGUGACGCUGGAAGCGGACCGGGCAGAGGGCGAGCCGGAAGCGAAGAAGCGGCGGCUUCUCUGUGUGGAGUUUGCUUCGGUCGCGAAUUGCGACUCUGCCGUGGCUCAGUGCUACCUGGCCGAGAACGACUGGGAGAUGGAAAGAGCGCUGAACUCGUACUUCGAGCCGCCCGUGGAGGACGGCGCCUUGGAAGAUCGCCCUGAGACCCCGGAGGCGCACGAGUCCUGUGUUGAUCUGACGAAUGAAGAAACAACGGAUUCCAUCAGUUGUAAAACAAGCACAUCUGAAGGUGCUCAGCAGGAAGAUGGCAGCUCGUUCUCUUUCAUUACCUGGAAUAUUGAUGGGCUGGAUCUAAACAAUCUGCCAGAGAGGGCUCGAGGGGUGUGUUCCUAUUUGACUUUGUACAGCCCAGAUGUGAUAUUUCUCCAGGAAGUCAUUCCCCCCUAUUGUAGCUACCUAAAGAAGAGAGCAAAUAGUUAUGAGAUUAUUACAGGUCAUGAAGAAGGAUAUUUCACAGCUAUAAUGUUGAAGAAAUCAAGAGUGAAAUUUAAAAGCCAAGAGAUUAUCCCUUUUCCAAAUACAAAAAUGAUGAGAAACCUUUUGUGUGUGUAUGCAAGUGCAUCGGGAAACGAACUUUGCCUUAUGACUUCUCACUUGGAGAGCACCAGAGGGCAUGCUAAGGAACGAAUGGACCAGUUAAAAAUGGUUUUAAAGAAAAUGCAAGAGGUUCCAGAGUCAGCUACGGUUAUAUUUGCAGGAGAUACAAAUUUAAGGGAUCAUGAGGUUACCAAAUGUGGUGGUUUACCCAGCAACAUUUUGGAUGUCUGGGAGUUUUUGGGCAAACCUAAGCAUUGCCAGUAUACAUGGGACACACAGAUGAACUCUAAUCUAGGAAUAUCUGCAACUUGUAAGCUUCGUUUUGAUCGAAUAUUUUUCAGAACUGCAGCAGAAAGUGGUCAUAUUGUUCCCCAAAGUUUGGACCUCCUUGGGUUGGAAAAAUUGGACUGUGGUAGAUUUCCUAGUGAUCACUGGGGUCUUCUGUGCAACUUAGAGGUGAUAUUGUGAAAUGCUUUUCAAGUGAGCAUUUUCCAUCUUCUGAGUAAUUUCAUUCUGGAUUUUUGCAAAUGUCAUUUCUACCUGUCUGGAAAGGCAGGCUUACUAUGGAGGAACUAAUAUGCUAGGUCACUGUAACAGAAGAAAACACUAUUGUCAUUUUACUUUGUGGACUGUGUCCUCAUCGAUGUUUCAAUUACAGCACACCUGGUUUUCAGAAUAUGAGACUUCUUCAUAAAAGGCCCCCAGGACCACUGGAGACUCUGGCAGUGCUCAGAGCUGCCUGCUGGCCUUCCGGCGGGGCCACACGGUCUCUGGGCUCGCCUUUGUGUUUCGUUGAUUUUUAAAAUCAGGUACCAAAUAGUUUAUAUUUUAAAUAAAUCUUUAAAAACAAGAG